CGGCAGACAACCAUGGCGACGGUGGCGGAGAAGUCAACGAAAGAGCGGCUGCUGUCUGUGCUGGAUGACUUGGAGGUUUUAUCCCGGGAGCUGAUCGAGAUGCUAGCUCUGUCCAGGGGCCAGAAACUGCCACAGCCGGGAGAGGACGUUCAGAUCCUGGAGCUGCUGGUGCAGAGGGACAGGGAGUUCCAGGAGCUGAUGGAGGUGGCUCAGCAGCAGGGGAAGGUGCACCAGGAGAUGCAGCUGCUGGAGAAGGAGGUGGAGAAGAGAGACAGCGACAUCCAGCAGCUCCAGAAGCAGCUGAAGGAGGCCGAACACAUCCUGGCCACUGCUGUUUACCAGGCCAAAGAGAAACUCAAAUCCAUUGACAAAGCCAGAAAAGGAAGCAUCUCAUCAGAGGAAAUCAUCAAAUACGCUCACAGGAUCAGCGCCAGUAACGCUGUGUGUGCUCCUCUCAACUGGGUGCCAGGUGACCCACGCCGACCCUACCCCACGGACCUGGAAAUGCGCAGCGGCAUGCUGGGUCACAUGGCCAACCUGCCGACCAACGGUGUGAACGGACAUCUGCCGGGAGACGCUCUGGCUGCUGGAAGGUUGCCAGACGUCCUGACGCCUCACUACCCCUGGCAGUCGUCGGACGUCUCGGUGGGGAUGCUGCCUCCUCACCACGGCAACGACUUCGGCCUGGAGCCUCCGGGUCACAACAAGGAGAACGAGGACGACGUGGAGGCCAUGUCGACCGAUUCCUCCAGCAGCAGCAGCGAUUCCGACUGAAGAACAAGGACAGAGUGUGUGUGUGAGUGAGUGUGUGUGUGUGUGAGUGUGUGUGUGAGUGUGAGAGAGAGAGAGAGAGAGAGAGAGAGAGAGAGAGAGAGAGCUCACCACUGAGCAACAUCCAAUCAAAUAUCUUCACCUUUUGGUUAUUUGAAUUUAACCCAAUUUAAGACUCAAACAUCACAUCAUCCUCUACAUGACUGUCUGUAGAUAAAACUUCCUGUACAGAGGCUGAUUCAAUCUGCUGCCUCUGCUUCUCAGUCAUGGAGGAGCUCAUUCAUUUAAAGUGGAAUAUACCGGCGCCACUCCGUCAUUAUGUCAGCUGAGGUCUGUGCUUCCACCGUCCUUUAUUACAAAAGUACCAGCAUUAUUUAAAUUGUGUAGAAUGAGUCAGUUUGUAAGAAUAGCAUCUAGUUCUCCAUGUGGUCUAUCUCCCAAAGUUCAGUUUUAACAUCUCUUGUCGUGGGUGUUUAAUAAUGUAUGAUACAUAUAAUAACUGAGGACAGAUGUUUCAUCAUGUGGUGGACUAGCAGAUUGUGUGCUGUGAGUCUCUGUGAGCUGAAGGACCCGGGUGGAUGCUAAAGGUUUUAAACUGUGAGUGAAGGGUUGUGGGUGAGCCUGUGUGUUCCCUCUGUGACGUUCGGGGUCGUAUCUUCGCGGCUCAGAACAGACAACCGGAGUUUCUGCUGCUGGUGUUUGAAGGAGGGAGGGAGUCAGUGUCUCAGGGAUCCAUCUUAAGUUUUUAAAGGAACAGUUCCACAUUUUGGUAAAUCUGCUUAUUUAGAGUCAGGUGAGGAAACUGAUUCCACUGUCAUAUCUGUAGAGUGAAUAUGAAGCUGCAGCCAGUUAGCUUAGCAUAAAGACUUACUUAAUCUGUCAGUUAUUUGAUCUCUAUUUUGAUCUCUAAACGAAUUGUAAAACAGUAAAAAGAAAAGAAAAGACCGUCUGAGAAGCUGGAAACAGUCGAUGUUGAAAAAAUGACAAAUGUUAAAAUAUUUUCUGAUUAAUUUUCUGUCAAUUACUAAUAAACAGUUUGUUUCAGCUCCACAAAAGUAUGAAAACCUACGUAGCAGCACCUCUACAGCUGAUUAACGGCUUCGUUUAAGGCACAUUAACCCGGCUUGUAACAAACGAGAUGUAACAUGUUAAUCAGUGAACUUUAGUGGAGCUGCUAGCUGGGUUUUUUUGUUUGUUUUUUUUCUCCAACCUUUUGACAGAGCCAGGCUAGCUUUGUUUCCAGUCUUUAUGCUAAGCUAAGCUAACCAGCUGUUGGCUGUGGCUUCAUAUUUACAGACAUGAUAAUGGAAGGAAUCUUUCUAAGCAAGAAGAGGAUAAAAUUUUCUCCAAAAAGCUGAACUCUUCCUUUUCAGAGCCGGUGUUUGUUUCAGUUUGAGGCAGUUUAAACAAACUGCAAAUGACAAUAAAUUAAACAAAAGCAAAAACUAACACAGAUGACGUUGUGUUGUUGACGUCUCCAUGGACACACAGUGAGUCUGCUACUGUUCCAAAAACCACCGACUGGGGUAGAAAGAGAAACUGAACCAACCUGUGUGUGUGUGUGUGUGUGUGUGUGUGUGUGUGUGUGUGUGUGUGUGUGUGUGUGUGUGUGUGUGUGUGUGUGUGUGUGUGUGAGAGAGACAGACAGACAGACAAAUGAUAGCGAUCUUAGUGCAGUGUAAUAACAAUAAGGACAGAUGCUGUUAAUUUACCUCUGUGUAAAUAAACUUGUACAUAAUCACCCGUGUAAAUAAAGACUUUUUUUGAAUAGAAA